AUGGCCGGGAAAAUCUUCGCAAUUCUCGUACUUGUCUCCCUCGCUAUCUUAACCGACGGUAGCCCAGCUGUUAUUACUGGCUACGACCCGUUAGAGUUGUGUAUCGAAAACUGUGCGCAAUGCAAGAAGAUGCUUGGAAACUGGUUCGACGGACCUCUGUGUGCCGAGUCCUGCCUCAAAUUUAGGGGAAAACUGAUUCCAGACUGUGAAGAUUUUGCCUCAAUCGCCCCAUUUAUUACCAAGCUCUAA